CGAAAAGUCCUAUAGGUGUGGUGCCACUGCCAACUAACCGAGAAACCUGUCAAAAGUUAUUUUUCUAUAUUUUAUUUAUAAAAAGUAGGUGAUAAGUCCCAACGAUGGUGAUUAAAGUGUACAUCAGUGGAAUUUCGGGAAAUAAAGAGGUGAAAAAAAGACAACAAAGAGUCCUCUUAAUAUUAGAUUCUAAAAAUGUUAAAUACGAAGUUAUAGAUAUGGCCGAGCCCGGGGCUGAAGAGGCCAAAGAUUUUAUGCAAAAUAAUUCUACUUCUUUCGGAGGUACAAUAGGAGAUCCUACGCCUAGACACCCUCUUCCACCUCAGAUCUUUAAUGACGAAGUAUAUUGUGGGGAUUAUGAUAUGUUCGAUAUGGCGAAUGAAUUAGAUGAAAUGGAAAAAUUUUUAAAAUUAGAACCGAAUUCGUUGAACGAACAAAUUUCUAGUGCUGAAAUUAAUCUGAAAAAUGGAGAUGCUUCUAUUGAUGAAAAAAUAGAUAACGUGCUUGGAAAAACUGACGAAUCAAAGGAAAAUGAAGUGCCCAAUGAACAAAAAUAUGUAGAAGACAAUAAGGAAGACGGAUCUGGAGAUAGAGAGGAAAUAUUAGAAAAUGGUGGUUUGGGUGUCGAGGAAAAGGUAGAAGAAACCACUGAUAAAGAGGACACAUUAGAACAAGAUGGCACAGAAAAUAAAACAAUAGUAACUACAGAUAAAGAGGACAUAGAAAAAGUAGGAGCAGUUGAGAGUGAAAUUAAAGACAACUCUGAUCAAAAAGAGGACCCGGUCGAUAAAGAUGACGUUGACAGUGGUGCUGGGGAUGAAGCCGAAGAAGACGAACUAGAAAAUGUAACUUCUCUCGAAAAGUCUGAUGAAUAAUUUUUAGAAAUAUAUCAAAAACGCACUGAUGACGUAAUUAUAAGAUACCGAAACACCAUAAUUAUUAAAAAAAAAAACGUUUGAAAAAAAUUCUGGUUCGUGUGAUAAAUUCAAUUAAAAUAUAUUCUGUAGCUUUGAUUAGAAAAAAAAAAUGAGUAUCUGCUAUCGUUGAUAAAACAAUCGGAAUUUUCUUUGAAAUUAAUUUUUGACAUGGGAUUAUGUUGAAAAAAAUAUACUCGCUAGCAAAAUUAUUCAACAGUUUAAAUAAAUAAAAAAUAUAUAUAUAUAAAAUAAAUUAUUGUUACGCCACUGGUAAACUUAAAGAUUCGACUGACGUCAUGUUUGCCUUGGACGAUAAGUUACUGGUCUUUUUACGUAACGUGUAGCUGUCGACAACGUAUGUAAAAGUUCCAUAAAAAAGAAGAUUUGUAAUCGUUAUUGUUGAAGUUGUUUUAGAGGGUUAUAUUGUGAAUAAUUGUUGAUUGAAUAUUAUAAUUUUGUGAGAGUUACUACUAGAGUUUGAUUAAAAGUAAUUUUGUAAUGAUAUUUUCUAUCCUCAAUGAUAAUUUCACUGGUGAGUAUACUAUUUAAAUAGCAAUUUCGAACCUGUAAUUGAUAAAAAACAAAAAGGGUUGUUCUAAUAAUACUGGGUGUUUCUUUGUUCAAUUAUUUGCCAAAUUUAUUCAUUAUCGCAUUAAAUCGUUAAUUAUUUAUUCCUCAUUACCUAUUUAUCACAUUUUACAUGCUAUACUAUAAUUGUAACAUUAUCGCUGUUUCGUCAACCACGUUUUCGUUUUACUUAUUAAAAAAUGUAUAAGGAUCAAAUUAAACAAAAUGUCCUUCACUAUAAACUCCUAAAUUUGAAAUAAUCGAAUUAUAUAUGCAAAAAGUGAGGUUACUUCAAUACGAGGGAAAUAUGAUAAGACGAUAACAGUAUAUAAUAAAUUAUACUCUGUAUUUAGGUGCAAUAAACUGCUUUGAUCAAAAACAAAAGUAACAUAUGUCAUAUGUUUAUUGUAUUUUGUAAAUAUUUAUUAUGAAUAACUUCAAAUAAACUUUCAUUUUGCA